CCAAUCAAAAAAGGCAAUGGCGUCACUGACCUCUCUGUCUCACCGUCCUCACAAUCUCUUCCUAAAAUCCUUCUCUAACAAUAACUGCCCCUGCUCUCACAGAGUUUAUGCUCCACUUCCUGCUUAUAUCUCUUCAUGCACAAGCAUAUGCAGAAGCAACCAACAAGCUCUCUGCUGUAAUAACAACGGAGAAGAAGAGCGAAAAGGAGAACCAUCUACUAAAAGAAGAGAAGUUCUGCUAAAGACGGGUUUUACUGCUGCUGCAUUUUCUUUCCCAGCAGUUGUUUAUAAUGCAUCGGCAGAGAACGAUGUGUUGGAGGAUUUCCGUACUUAUGUUGACGAGGUGAACAAGUUCAAGAUAUCAAUUCCCCAAGAUUGGCAAGUUGGUACUGGAGAGCCUAAUGGUUUCAAAUCAGUUACCGCUUUCUACCCGGAUGAAGCUUCAAUUUCCAAUGUUAGUGUAGUAAUCACGGGGCUUGGUCCGGACUACACAAGAAUGGAAUCUUUUGGGAAAGUUGAAGGUUUUGCCGAAACCUUGGUUAGUGGAUUGGACAGAAGCUGGCAAAGGCCCCCUGGUGUUGCAGCAAAGCUCAUAGACUGUAAAGCUUCUAAUGGGUUUUAUUACGUUGACUAUACCCUGCAAAAGCCGGGUGAAAACCGUAAACAUUUGUUUCAAGCAAUUGGUAUGGCAUUCAAUGGUUGGUACAACAGACUAUAUACAGUAACAGGACAGUUUGUCGACGAAGAAUCGGGGAAAUACGCUUCCAAGAUUAAGAAGGCAGUUGCAUCAUUCAAAUUCACUUGAAAUUUUUUUGCAUAUUGAAGAAGAUAUUGGCUGGCUGGCUUCUUAUGUAAUCCAUGAUACGCUGGUUAUUCUUUCCAAAUUUUUGUAUCUACUGGCAAUUGUACAUUUACAGCAUCGAAACUUUCAUGAUUUAUCAUACAACUCAUGCUAUCAAA